AUGAAGAGCAGAGCUGAACGUGUCAUUACUGGAACAGAAGGAGGCAAAGUGGAGAUCGACUGUAAAUAUUCAGAUGAAUACAUAUAUUCAGCCAUGUUCUUCUGUCGAGACCCAUGUGGAUACUCUGACGUUUUAAUUCAAUCUGAGACGGUUAAACAAACUGUCUCUAAGGGAAGAUACAUGGCAAUAAACACUGUAUCUGCACGCAGCUUCUUUGUAACCAUCAGAAACCUCAUGUUAAGAGACACUGGAGUUUAUUACUGUGGAAUAGAGAAAUGGGGAAAAGACAAGUUAAUUAAAGUAAAGGUCAUUGUCACUAAAGCUCCUGCUAUGUCUACCCGUGCUCCAGUGCCCCAUCAGAGUAAAUUACCAGAAACUUCAGAGCCGCCCAGUGCCACUAUAGUAAAUACGACUUCUGCAGGAACUGAACACUCAUCAGUGCACAGACCCAAAACUUCAGAGCUUUUCAAUGUCACCACAGUAAAUACAACUACUGCAGGACUGAACACUGAACACUUGUCAGAAGUGCUGACUAUUGUUUCUGCAGGGGUUUUUGGUCUGUUGCUGUGCUGUGUUCUUGUGGCUGUUGUGGUUUUCCACAGGAAACGAUCCAGCAUCGCUAAAACUUUUAUAUCAACUACUUCUGAAAUUCAGAUGUCACAUCAGCCACCUAAUCAGGAGGAAGUUGGUCACACAUACGAUGAGAUUUGUGAUGUACAUACUUUGCCUAUGGACUCUUCAGAAAUUUACAGCACCAUUCAAUUUCCUCUACCAGUCGAAAAUGACUGCAGUCCAUAUUCUCUUGUAGUUUCUCAUUAA